AUGGCCAAGUUCAGCAUCAAGACUUUGCUGUUCGCCUCAUGGAUAGCUCUCUCUUCAGCCCACCGAAAAGACUCAUCACCAAUAAAAUGCCCCAUAACCCUCUGGGGCGGCGUCCCCUCAAACGCGACUCUCUCCCUCUUCGACACGAACGCCUCCCCAUUCAGCCCCAACUACACCAAAGGCAUGAACCUAACCUGGUCCUCGAUCCUCCGCUUCCCCUCCGUCAAGCCCUCCCGCUUCGAUCUCCCCUCCGACAAAGCUAUCGAAGUAACCAUCAACGACAGCUCGAUCUUUCUUCCCGGGGGCGGAAAACCGCAAAUCGGGUUCCGCCGCGCGGGGCUGUUGAUGGGGAAUGGUUCCGACGCGAGCAAUGUGGGUGUGAAGACGUUCCACUGGAGCGUAAGGCAGGAUAAGGAGAUGAAGAUGAAUUUGACACAUGAGUAUAUGAAUGUGUGGCACGAAAGGAACGAUUAUGCGGGGAAUCAGUUUUCGAUUAAUGCGGGGGUCAUGUUGGUGCAGGAUAAGCCGACGGAUAGUAAUGUGUCGACGACAGGGCUGGAUAGGAGGUUGUGGAAGAUUUUGGAUCGGGAUAACGAUGUGGUUUGGACGACGGAGAUUGAUUGGGAUGGUUGGCAGAAUUUUGCUGUGACGUUGGAUUAUGGGAAUAAUACUCUCCAGGUAUACUAUUCCUCGGGACAGGAGUCGCUGAAGGCAGUCACAGAUCCAUUGCCAAAUGAUAACAGUGGUGGUGGACAGUACCAGAUUGGUAUGGCAAAGAAGCCGACCGAGACGUUAGGUGUUGUAUAUGAUGGCUUCCAAGAAAGUAACAUUCAUGAAGGGCAGAUCUACGGCGGCAUAUUUGUUGAAGAUAGUAGCGGUGGCUGUAUAUCGAAGUAA